UUUGUUGUGCGUGAUUUCGUUUACGAUGAAGAGUCGCUGAAAGUGGGCCGAACGGAACGCGACAAAUUGGUACAAGAGAAACAGAAGCAAUAUGCACCGUUAGUGAGAUGGUUGAAAAUCAAUUUCGGUGAAAUAUUCGUGGCAUAUGUACAUGUGAAAGCGUUGAGAGUGUUUGUCGAGAGCGUGCUCAGGUAUGGUCUACCAGUGAACUUCCAAGCUGCAAUCGUUGAACCAACAAAAGCGUCCUUUAAGAAGUUAAGAGCUGAAUUGCAUAAAUUGUACGUUCAUUUGGAUGCUUCUGCAGCUGGACCAAUUGACACAUUUGAGGACAGUCCAGCGUUGAUGUCACUCGGUGUGCAUGAUUAUUACCCGUAUGUUUUCUUCAAAAUGAAUAUCGAAUUUAUCGAAACAAAGCGUUAA